AAGUCAUUCGCUGUUGUAAAUACACGGUUGUUUUGAGAACAUGUAAAGAAAGAGCCAACAGAGACCGUGAGGAGACAUGAAGGUGGAGACAAGAGUCAGCGACAUGCAGGGAGCUGCCGCAACACGCAGCAGCAGCAGCAGACAGGAGGGCCCUGGAGGACUGUGGGACUCUGUGAAGAAAGCUGCAGUGGUCAUUGGAUCCGGAAUCUUAUUCUUGGCUGCAUUCGGCAACUCACUGACAUGGCAUCUUCAGAGGUUCUGGGGAGCUUCAGGGGAUUUCUGGCAGGACUUGUGGACCAAGCUGUGUGGGACGUUUGAGGGUCAUGAGAGUGCGUUGUUCUACUUAGGGGCAACAGCGGUGCCGACUCUGGUGUUCUGGGGGACGAACUGUCUGUUGCUGUUGGUGGACACCACUGGUAAACCGUCCUUCAUCACUCGCUACCGCAUCCAGCCAGACAGGAAUAACCCGGUGGAUCCUGUUAAGCUUCUCCAUGUGAUGAAGACCGUCAUCUUCAACUAUGUGUUCAUCUCGGGGUCCAUGGUGGUGGUGGCUCACUACUUGAUGACCAUGAGAGGGAACCCCUGCGGCCCUGAGCUGCCCACCUUCCACUGGGCCCUGACUGAGCUGGCUUUCUUCUCCCUCUUGGAGGAAAUUAUGUUUUACUAUUCACACAGACUUUUCCACCACCCCAGCCUCUACAAGCGUUUCCACAAACAGCACCACGAGUGGACCGCUCCCAUUGGAGUCAUCUGCAUCUACGCUCAUCCUCUGGAGCAUAUGAUCUCCAACAUGUUGCCGGUGGCAAUCGGGCCGGUGAUCCUGGGCUCCCACCUGACCACCACCUGCAUGUGGUACAGCCUGGCUCUGGUCAGCACCACCAUCUCCCACUGUGGAUACCACCUGCCCUUCCUGCCCUCCCCCGAGUUCCAUGACUUCCACCACCUCAAGUUCAACCAGUGUUUCGGGGUCUUCGGCGUGCUGGAUCGGCUCCACGGCACAGACGCCAAAUUCAGGCAGACCAAGCAGUAUGAACGCCACACCCUGCUCACCGGUCUCACCCCGCUGAACGAGAGCAUCCCUGACACACCCAAGAAGGGCCAUUGAUGACCCCUGACCUUUUUAAACCUCGGGUUUAGCCACGUUUGGGAUAUGGGGAGAUGAGAUUCCCAAUCUUAAAUUGACAAUUAGAUUUGAAUUAUUUUAAUCUAGAAAACCUGUUGGUCAGUUUCAAACUGUGAAAGUCUGCCAACACUCUGCGGCCACCGACCUCAUUUUUUAAUUUUUCCAAUUAAAAAUGUACUUUAUUGCAAAUGUAACGCUGGGGUUUGUUUUUGUUUGGCCUCCAUGUUCACUGUUGAUUGUGGAGUCACCUUCCUCUGUGAUUUAUUUCUAACCUGUUCCCCAUCAUGAUUCCAUCUUCUCGUGACCCGGGUAGAUUUUCACUAAUGACGUUUGUUCUUUUCUUCAUGAAUCUCAUCUUUAACGUUAGUAAAGUCUAUAAUUCACAUGCACAUUAAUCUUAAAUCAUGUGUUGAUUCUUAGAAACACAUUUAGUAUUUUAGGUAAUGUUUAGUAA